CUCUCCCGCCGUGGCUGGGGCAAUGCGGAUGGGGAAGUACGAGAUGGGGCGGGCGCUCGGGGAGGGCCACUUCGCCAAGGUCAGGCUGGCGCGCCACGCCGACACCGGCGCCGCCUUCGCCAUCAAGAUCCUCGACCGCCACCGCAUCCUCGCCAUGAACAUCCACCACCAGAUUAAGAGGGAGAUCGCCACGCUCAAGCUGCUCAACCAUCCCAAUGUCGUCCGCCUCCACGAGGUUUCAGCUAGCAAGACCAAGAUAUACAUGGUCCUUGAAUAUGUAAAUGGAGGAGAGCUAUUUGACAAAAUAGCAUUAAAGAGUAAGCUGUCAGAGAAGGAAGGAAGAAGACUCUUCCAGCAACUGAUGGAUGCUGUAAGCUAUUGCCACGAGAAGGGAGUUUAUCAUAGGGACCUUAAGCCAGAAAAUGUCCUAGUUGAUGCAAAAGGAAACAUAAAGGUUUCGGAUUUUGGACUAAGUGCCCUUCCACAAAAUCAAUGGAAAGAUGGAUUAUUGCAUACCACAUGUGGCAGCCCAAACUACAUUGCCCCUGAGGUCCUCCUCAACAGAGGUUAUGAUGGCUCUUUGUCCGACAUAUGGUCUUGUGGUGUCAUCCUAUAUGUGAUGCUUACAGGGAAUCUUCCAUUUGAUGACCAAAAUACAGUUGUCCUUUAUCAGAAGAUUCUGAAGGGGGAUGCUCGUAUUCCUAAAUGGCUCACCCCAGGUGCCCAAGAUAUACUUCAAAAGAUCUUGGAUCCUAACCCAGUUACACGCUUAGAUAUGACUGGAAUAAGGGCGCAUGACUGGUUCAGGCAAGAUUACACUCCUGCUAUGCCUUUUGAUGAUGAUGAUGAUGAUGUAGACAAUAACAUCGGUGAUGACAGCCCAAAUAUGACUGAGCAUCAAGACAAUGAAGGAAAACCAGCAAUCAGCCAAAUCAAUGCAUUCCAGCUCAUCGGGAUGUCUUCAUGCCUUGAUCUAUCUGGAUUUUUUGAGAAAGAAGAUGUUUCUGAAAGGAAAAUCAGAUUUGUAUCAAAUUAUUCCCCUACUUCUCUAUUUGAGAAGAUUGAGAGCAUUGUCACAGAAAAGGGUUUCCAAGUACAGAAGAACAGUGGCAAGCUAAAAGUGAUCCAAGUUUGUAAAGAACCAGCAAAUCCAAGAGGGCAUGGAACUUUGUUGAUUUCUGCUGAGGUGUUUGAGAUCAGUGAAUCUCUUUAUGUUGUUGAGCUAAAAAGGUCGUCUGGAGACUGUUCCCUAUACAGACAGCUAUGUGCAUCACUCUCAGAGGACUUGGGCAUAUGCAAAAGCCAACAGCUUUUGGGAAAAGAUUCUACGAGACAAGACCUUUAUCGAUAUAACAGUAGCUUUUGAUACAAGGGUCUCUCUAGCUUUUAGUUGUGAAGGCUCUAGCUUUUUGAACAAGAGCCUGAAAAAGAGUAUGACACAGUUUUGUAAAACUAAAUUGUAAAUACAAAACUAUGCAAUUGUGCACUGGAAAAGAGUAUACUGACCAUCCACACAUAACCGAUCCAUUUCCCUGAAGAGUUCAUUGGUACAUUACUACUUCUCCCUAGGCAAUUUGGCUGCUGAGAGUGUAUCAAACUAUGAUGUAAAACAGUUUAAGUGUGCAGAAAAUAGUUACCUGAUCAUUGUGUUCCUUGGAAGUUGUGUUGGACCGUGUAAGUUCUU